AUGCUUCAGUUCAAAUUAGUAUUGUUGGGAGAUUCUUCUGUUGGAAAAUCCAGUAUUGUUCAUAGAUUCGUCAAAGACUCGUUUGAUGAGUACAGGGAAUCGACUAUAGGUGCAGCUUUUCUUUCACAAACUAUUAAAUUAUCUGAAGAGUAUGAUGAACAAGUUUUGAAGUUUGAAAUUUGGGAUACGGCCGGUCAGGAACGCUAUAAAUCUUUGGCACCUAUGUACUAUCGUAAUGCAAAUGCCGCUUUAGUUGUGUACGAUGUCACUGAACCAGAUUCUUUGCCUAAGGCCAAGCUUUGGGUUGAUGAAUUGAAAGAAAAGGUAAAUGACGAUAAGUUGAUCAUCUGUCUUGUGGGGAAUAAGUUGGAUCUAGUAUCUGAAAGGGAAUCGACCUCUUUAGUCGAUGAAGCGGACGCACGCGAGUUUGCACAAGAGAAUAAUUUGUUGUUCCACCAGGUCAGUGCUAAGACUGGAGAAAACGUAAUCAAAGUCUUCCAAGAUAUUGGUGAAAGAUUAUAUUUGCAGAACAAAGAUAAGAUACAGGAAUCGAAGAAACCUAAUAAUAAUAAUAUAUCAUUGCAAAGACCAAGUACAAAUGAUUCACAGUCUUGUUGCUCAUGA